UUCAAAAGUGUGUCCACCGUGAGAGUUGAAGAUUUGAUCACAGCGCAAUACGCACGCUCAUACUAACGAUCCGAGGUGGCUACAAUAACUUAUCACAGAGUUUCUGUAUUCGAAAGUAUAGUGAAUGUUCGUGUUCAACAGCUUGUACAGUUUCAUUAUCUAUCUUGGAUAUUAAAAAAAGAAGACACAUCGUUUCUUUAUCGACCAGCGUUAUGGAUGUUUCCAAAGGUGUCUUCGUUUUCACUCUAGUCUGCACGUUGCGUCCUAUGCUGUCCAUUCAGAUAUGUGACAUCAUGCUGGAGAUGGACAAGGAGAGAGAGACGUGCAUGGCCCAGUUAGAAAACAUGACAACAGGUUGCAGUGGGACGUGGGACAAGGUGGCCUGCUGGCCCAGCGCCAAUACAGGACAGGUGGUCACCAUCCCCUGCCCUGUCUACUUCUUAUACUUGACCAACGAUUUCAUCAUGGGUAACCUGUCGAAGACCUGCACCAGUGAUGGCUGGUCUGAGGUUACCCCUGCUUCCUAUGCACUGAAUUGUGGGUACAAUGCCAAUGUCACCAAAGUUGAUGAUGAUGACAAGGCGGAGUUCUACUGGGCAGUGAAAGUAGGCUACACUAUCGGACACAGUCUCUCCCUCAUCUCCCUCACUAUCGCUAUCGUCCUACUCUGCACUUUUAGGAAGUUGCACUGCACCAGAAACUACAUCCACAUGAACCUGUUUGUGGCGUUCAUACUGAAAGCCAUUGCCGUCUUCAUCAAAGAUGUGGUUUUAUACGAGGUCGGGGAGUCCGACUGUCAACCUGAAACUGUGGGAUGUAAGGCAGGGGUUGUCUUCUUCCAGUACGGCAUCAUGACCAGCUACUUCUGGCUAUUGGUCGAAGGCCUCUACGUCCACACCCUAUUGGCUGUCUCCUUCUUCUCCGAGAGGAAGUACUUCUGGUGGUAUAUUCUGAUUGGCUGGGGAGCGCCAACUGUUUUUAUCACAGCUUGGGUUAUUACAAAGGCCUAUUUAAAACACUCUGGGUGUUGGGACAUUAUUAACGACCAUCCCUGGUGGAUCAUCAAAAUGCCAAUAUUACUGACCAUACUGGUCAACUUCAUCCUGUUCAUCUGUAUAAUCCGGAUCCUGCGUCAGAAAAUGAAUUGCAGAGACAUAGGAAGGAAGGAAUCUCAUCAAUACUCGAGGUUGGCUAAAUCCACACUACUGUUGAUACCUCUGUUCGGAAUCAACUACAUCAUCUUUGCCUUCAUCCCUGAAGACAUCAACACGCGAAUCAGGAUGGUCAUUGACCUGAUUCUAGGAUCCUUCCAGGGGUUUGGGGUUGCAGUCCUGUAUUGUUUCCUAAAUGGAGAGGUGCAGGGGGAGGUGAAGCGUAAGUGGCGGCGAUGGCACAUGCAAAGGUUUCUGGGUAAAGGAGACACCAAAUACCAGCAGCCCCAGUAUCUGGGUAGCAACGGUAACAACUUCAGCACCCAGAUCACCAUGUUGACCAGGUGUAGCCCCACCACACGUCGAGCUUCCGACUGCCAGGAACACUUCUCUGCUAUCUGAGCCCAGCUCUGGGUGGUAACAGGGUGGUAACAGAGGGCAGAGAAGAGGAGGCAACAGAGAUGAGCUGUACUGAAGCGCUGUUAAGUAUUCAGUCAGCACAGUCGAGACCACCAGCCAACCACACACAACAACAGCAAUGAUAGGCUUAUAUCAGGAAAGCCACGGACCAAUUUAACACAAUUUAUUUAGCUUGUUUUUUGUUUAACUUAGGAAAUCAGUUCCCAAGUAUUCAUACAAAAACAAAAAAAAGACAGACAUCGUGUCUCUAAAAUAAUCAAGGUAUGAAAUUAUUCUCAUUUUCAAAAUGUCUUUUUGGGCUUAGUUGUGGUUGCAGUGUACACAUUUUUACAUGGGGCAGCAGGUAGCCUAGCGGUUAGAGAGAAGCGAGCCACAGCAACCGGAGGUUUGCCAAUUAGAAUCCCGGGUCUGACGGGAACAAUCUGGCAAAAAGUGAGCUGGCAACCGGAGGGUUGCUGGUAUCAACACACGUAACCCCCACAACAACAGCUCCCCAGGCACUCAGUGUGGCAGCCUCGACACCUCCAAAACCUGUAUACUGUAUGUAUGUACGUAUGUAUGUGUGUCUUUCGGAGGGGUUGGGUUAAAAGCGGAAGUUACAUUUCGGUUAGACGUUGUCUGACCAAUUGACGAAUAAAGUGAUCUAAAGAUUCAUAACAAUGUUCCGUUCCUCCAACCGGCCGCAAUGACAAAAAUCAGCCCGUGGCUAAAUCUAGUCACCUAAUCCCUGGUCUACACUAUGUGUUAAAUCCAAAAAACCUUCCAGUUCAAAUCACCUUUGGAUAUAUCUGUGUGUGUAUUGAGUGUUGUGUUAGUCCGUGUGGCAGGGUUGAAGUCAAUUCCAUUUUAAUUCUAGUCAAUUCAGAAAGUAAAACCAAAUUCCACAUUUUAAUCAUGGAAAACCAUUCAAGAGAAUUGGAAUUUCAGUGUACUUCCUGAAUUAGAAAUGGAAUUGACCCCAACUCUGCUGUGUGACUUGAGAUAAUCGUAACUUUACAUUGGUCUCAUAAGCUAGCUACAGAAGCCUGAUCCCAGAUCUGUAACAUACUGUAUGUGCUUUAGCCAACUUCUUUGUCAUACAUGUUUGACAUGACAACAAAUGAACAUGAAAAUAAAAGAGAGCCGCACACAUGAACAGAGAAGUUGGCUAACAGAAGAGCAACCGGUUAUGAGCUACGACUAGGUAUUAGGCUAGGAGCUGGGUAACAGGCUAGGAGCUAAGAGCUGGGUAACAGGCUAGGAGCUAGGACUGGGGAACAGGCUAGGAGCUAGGACUGGGUAACAGGCCAGGAGCUAGGACUGGGUAACAGGCCAGGAGCUAGGACUGGGUAACAAGCCAGGAGCUAAGACUAGGUAACAGGUUAGGAACUAAGACUAGGUAACAGACUAGGAGCUAGAACUAGGUAACAGACUAGGAGCUAGGAGUAGGUAACAGACUAGGAGCUAGGAGCUAGGUAACAGGCUAGGAGCUAGGACUAAGUAACAGGCUAGGAGCUAGGAGUAGGUAACAGACUAGGAGCUAGGACUAGGUAACAGGCUAGGAGCUAGGACUAGGUAACAGGCUAGGAGCUAGAUAACAGGCUAGGUGAUAGGACUAGGUAACAGGCUAGGAGCUAGGACUCGGUAACAUGUAGGAGCUAAGUAACAGGCUAGGAGCUAGGCAACAGCCUAGGAGCUAGGUAACAGGAUAGGAGCUAGGACUGGGUAACAGACCAGGAGCUAAGAAUAGGUAACAGGCUAGGACUAGGUAACAGGCUAGGAGCUAGGACUAGGUAACAGGUACGGGGAUAGGUAACAGGCUAGGAGCUAGGACUAGGUAACAUGCUAGGAACUAAGACUAGGUAACAGACUAGAAGCUAAGACUAGUUAACAGGCUAGGAGCAAGGUAACAGGAUAGGAGAUAGCUAACAGACUAGGAGCUAGCACGAGGAAACAGGCUAGGAGCUAGGACUAGGUAACAGACUAGGAGCUAGGUAACAGUCUACGACCUAGAAUUAGGUAACAUGGUAGGACUAGGUAAAAGGCUAGGACUAGGUAACAGACUAGGCGCUUGGACUAGGUAACAGGCUAGGAGCUAGGACUAGGUAACAGGUACGGAGCUAGGUAACAGGCUAGGAGCUAGGACUAGGUAACAUGCUAGGAACUAAGACUAGGUAACAGACUAGAAGCUAGGACUAGGUAACAGGCUAGGACUAGGUAACAGGCUAGAAGCUACGACUAGUUAACAGGCUAGGAGCAAGGUAACAGGAUAGGAGCUAGCUAACAGACUAGGAGCUAGCACUAGGAAACAGGCUAGGAACUAGGACUAGGUAACAGACUAGGAGCUAGGUAACAGUCUACGACCUAGAAUUAGGUAACAUGGUAGGACUAGGUAAAAGGCUAGGACUAGGUAACAAACUAGGAGCUUGGACUAGGUAACAGGCUAGGAGCUAGGACUAGGUAACAUGCUAGGAACUAAGACUAGGUAACAGACUAGAAGCUAGGACUAGGUAACAGGCUAGGACUAGGUAACAGGCUAGGAGCUAAGACUAGUUAACAGGCUAGGAGCAAGGUAGCAGGAUAGGAGCUAGAUAACAGACUAGGAGCUAGCACUGGGAAACAGGCUAGGAGCUAGGACUAGGUAACAGACUAGGAGCUAGGUAACAGUCUACGACCUAGAAUUAGGUAACAGGGUAGGACUAGGUAAAAGGCUAGGACUAGGUAACAGUCUACGACCUAGAAUUAGGUAACAUGGUAGGACUAGGUAAAAGGCUAGGACUAGGUAACAGACUAGGAGCUUGGAUUCGGUAACAGGCUAGGAGCUAGGACUAGUUAACAGACUAGAAGCUAGGUAACAGGCUAGGAGCUAGAUAACAGGCAAUAGGACUAGGUAACAGGCUAGGAGCUGGGUAACAGGCUAUGAGCCAGGGCUAUAGAUAACAGGCUAAGAGCUAGGUAAAAGGCUAGGAGCUAGGACUUGGUAACAGGCUGAACUAGGUAACAGGCUAGGAGCUAUGGCUAGAUAACAGGCUAAGAGCUAGGAUGAGGUAACAGGCUAGGAGCUAGGACUAAGUAAGUGGCUAAGACUAGGUAAAAUGCUAGGUAGGUUACGGGCUAGGGGCUAGGUAACAGGCUAGGAGCUAGGACUAGGUAACAGGCUAGGCCUUGGCAAGAGUCUAGGAGCUAGGAGUAAGUAAAAGGCUAGGACUAGGUAGCAGGCUAGGACUAGCACUAGGUAACAGUCUAGGACUUGGUAAGGGUCUAGGAGCUAGGACUAGGUAACAGGCUAGGAGCUAUGUAACAGGCUAGGAGCUUGGACUAGGUAACAGGCCAGGAGCUGGGACUAUGUAACGAGCUGGGAUUAUGUAACAGGCUAGGACUAUGUAACAGGUUAGGAUCUAGGUAACAGGCUAGGAGCUUGGACUAGAUAACAGGCUAGGACUAGGUAACAGGCUGGGAGCUAGGACUAGGUAACAGGUUAGGAGCAAGAGUGAUUGAUUGGCUGUGCUGUGCUGGCCAGUUCACAUGACUCAACUUUAGAGUUUACACGUUGUCGACGUGGCAGCAUCUACAUUGGAAGGAUCUCAAAGUGAAAUGUUAUCCACGUGGUCUAGUCUAUAUUGGAAGCAUCUGGUCUCGUCCCUUAUCUAUCUAGUAUCCAGCUGUCCAUGAUCAACCAUUGACGAAGACACUUUUAUGUACCAGAAUUAUGUUGGGUUGAAACAUAGCUGGAUUACAUUCCAAGAAAAGAAGAUUGAAGCGGCAAGAUGUUUUCAUUGUAAGGCAGAGUCUCUUAGUGCAUAGUUUGGUGUGCAGACAGUCAGGUAUUUUUCAGUCUUGCUCUUACAUUCCCUUCAACCCCCCCCCCCCCCCUUUAAAAAAAAAAUAGAUGCACCUGUAUGUGUUUUUCAUUAAAAACGUAAACUUAUCCACUAAAGAUCAUAAAUGGGAAGACCAGGCGGUUAGCCAUUGUGUUUAGCCAUAUGGUGAAGUAGUGAUGGGGGCGUAAAAUGUUUAAAAGUUUUCUCCCAUAGUUCCUAACCUGUUGCCACGUCUACGAGGUAAGAUAUCUCAUUUCAAUGGUACUGAAUUGUUUCCCACUUGGUUUCUAAAACCUUUCAGAAAUCUGUGUUGUUUACCUUGUUGUAUUUCAUUGUACAUGUGAAUACGUGAAUGUACCUCUCACUAAAAAUGUCAUACAAUUGUUCCAGCUAUGGGCGAAGCUGCAUAUACAGUAGGAAUGAAGUACAUGUUUUAUCAUUAUUUACAGUUCUCAGGUGUUGACUGGAUUUCAAUGCAUAUCAUGUAUUAUGUAAUUCUUUUUAAGUUUGUAUUUGUGUUACGUGUUCAGUUGUAUUAUUUUAAACACACUGUAUCGAUAUUCUCAGUCAUUUGAUAGGAUAUCUACAAGAAUGUUUGACAUUCUAUGGAAUGCUUUGGAACAUUCCGAACAACACAAAAAGUGUGGUGUAAGCAAGUGUUUUGUAAAUAUUGUGCAAUUCUGCUUUUGGAUUCAGUUUAAAUGAUGUUCUAGUAAAGACAGAAGCAAAUGAA